GGGUCUGGUUGUAGCAGAGUGCAUUGUGGGACGGUUGUCCUCUGAAUAGAAGGCAUUACGAUCAUAAACUGUUAUAAAUAAACGGAGGGGAUCCGCUGGUGAUCUGAAGGGAAUCAUGUCGGGUUACAGCGCUGAUGAGAAGCUGAGGGUGGAACAGUUGUCCACUCUGAGGAAGAAAUGGCUGAAGGAUCAGGAACUUUCACACCGGGAGCCUGUAAUGAAACCAGCAGCUUCAGGAGCGGCGCAGAACUUCUGGAGCUCGUUUCUGCAACCGAAAUCAUUCUGGAGGAUCUACAUGUUUAAAGCGUACAGUGCUGGAUCCUUCGCUCUGACCAGAGUCCUCAUUCCUGCCUGGAUUGUCCAUUACUACGUUAAAUACCACCUCACUAAAACCCCGUACAGUGUGGUGGAGCUCAAACCUCGACUCUUCCCAGGUGAUACCAUCCUGGAGACGGGCGAGGUGGUUCCUGAUCUUCCUGAGACCCACGACCACGCCCACCAUUAAAUAUACCAGCUGUAGCUUUCAGACCUCUGUGUUUAUACUCCUCAAUCUAAUAAAGACCUGAAACAUUCA